AUGGCUGCACCUCAACCCAAUCUCAAUCAGAAUUUCGCCAACGUCCCUGCGGGUGAUACACCUGAACCCCGAGUGAACGACAAGCUUCGCCUUCCCGCAUGGGAAUCAGCCUAUCAAGAACAACCCAUCCAUUGGCUUCAGAAUCAAAAAUGGUUGAAUGCAAAUUACAUCUUGGUCACAGGUUAUCUGAUCAGACAGGAAGGAAAUAUCACGAGGGAGAAACCUAUUCCGGUUUUCGUCGAUUCGGUGGUCUAUAAUCCACAUUGUGCACAUCUGGUUAAUACUCCGAAUUUGUAUUCGACUAAUUAUGUUAAUAUUAGAAAUCAUAAUGGUAUUGCAGGAACCGAAUAUCUCGAAUUAUCAGAUCUCAGACCUAAACAUUACGAUCUGCAAUAUGCCAAAGUCCCCAUCAAUAUCCCUGGAAGUCCAUCCUCUUAUUUCAUCGUAAUUCAUCCUUUGCAAAGGGCCAUCAAUGUUGACCGAUUCGUUAUGUUCAAUUCUGAAUUAAUGAAAUCAUCCGUUGAGACCGUCCUCAAUACCGUCACUUGGGGUAAUGCAGGUAAAUUGAUCGAAGCUUGGAAAUCGGCCGGAAAUAGACCUUUGUUGAGGUUUAAUGCGAAUCAAUUUUGA